CCAAUCCAUUCGAGACGAAACACCCUCCAGGGUAAUAAAUCGCCGAUCUCAAUUAGCGACAUAUCAAGGCAAGACUCGCAGCGGGGCAACCACUCUAAUCAGCUGAGGAUUGCACGAUGGCUCGCUCAAGUUUGACGAAGCUCCCACGAAUGGCCAGCCAUGGUCUUCGGACUUCGCUUCUCUCUCGCGCAUCUCCUUCGCUAUCAGCCCUCUCUAUGUCCCACCGGUUGCUCGGCCCGCCCUUGGGCCCUGCCGCAACCCCUCGAUUCGUCUCCUCGACCUCCAACCACAGGAAGGGGAUCAUGCCCGAGACCGACGAUCCUAAACCAAAAGAGUCUGCGAAGACUAUCGUCAAUCUUGCCCCGGCUACUAUUACAGAUGGCGAGUACCAUCAAUUAGCAAACGAGUAUCUCGAAACCGUCGUCACCCGGUUUGAGGAACUCCAGGACAAACAGGAAGGGAUCGAUGUGGAGUACACUGAUGGAGUCUUAACCCUCGAUUUCGGAUCCCAGAUUGGUACUUAUGUCGUGAACAAGCAACCGCCCAACAAGCAGAUCUGGCUCUCGUCGCCCAAGUCCGGCCCGAAACGAUACGACUGGGUCAUCGUCGGCGAAGGACAAAAUGACAAGCAGGGAACGGCGGUGGGCGAGUGGAUUUAUCUGAGGGACCGCUCCAGUCUGAGCAAGCUCUUUCGGGACGAGCUCGGCAUUGACCUGGGCUUGCCGAUUACGGAUUUUGGCAAGUCAUGAAGCUGUAGGCUGAGGCCUAGUUGGCACCAUGCUCUGGCGCCCUCGUGGAAGGAUUUUGAGCUCCGUUCUGGUGAUAUCCAACAAGUCUUUGCUUCG